AUGAGCAUGAACGGAGAUCGAUCCGCGGGAUCCGCCAUGGAAGAAGACGAGGAGGGGAGGCCUCGCUUCUUCAAGGUCCUCGUCGGCGACUUCGCCCGUCGCCUCGAGAUACCUCGAGACUUCCUCAGUUACAUUCCAGAGGUGGGCCUCAGGGGCUCCAACAUUUCACCUGUUCAAGCCAUGCUUAAGCGUUCAGAAGGGAAGACUUGGGUCGUUGAGCUAGAGAAGGUUGAUUGCUGUGUGUUUCUAACCACCGGAUGGACCAAGUUUGUGGUGGACAAUACUUUGAGGGAAUAUGAGUUCCUACUCUUCAGACACGACAGGAAAAUGGAUUUCAUGGUUUCGGUUUUUGGUCGGAAUGCUUGUGAGAAAGCAGUCCGGUCUUCAGGAAGUGCUGCUCAAGCUACUGAAAGUCUAGAAAGGAAACUCCCAUGUGAUAUGUUCCCCACUUGUAAGCGAGGACAUAGUGGUGAUGAACUAACGAAGAUCACCAAUAAUCUCAGGCAGAGUCACUCACUGGUUAUGAUACCAGAUCAAUCUGAUACAAAAAUAUUUCCCUUCCAUGGGAGUACUCAGGGGAAUGGACAUAUCUCUCCACAGAGCUUCGCUGACAUACAUCGUCAUGAAGUAGAUGGUUUGAAGGAUGAGUUAAAGAUAUACUUAUUGUUGAAGGUGCCAAUGGAUGAUGAUAAAGCUAAAGUAAUAGCUGAAGUAAUGAGCAGAUUGCAUGUUGACAGAGUUACAGUUGACUUAUUCUGUGCUGCACUCUGUUUGUAUAAGUGGGACUCAGAUGCGGCUGCAGAGGUAUUGAACACAUGUAGAGGCAAACCACAAAUUCCGAACCAGUUUCUAAAGCAGAAACUUGUUCUGCAAUUUGAUUUUAUAAAGAGGGAACUACGACACUUCUUCCCCACAGGGGAUGAUUGUCCUCCUCAAAUACGUGAUAGCAGGGAGAGCAGUCUUGAGGAGCCUAACUUGUCGACUCAGGCACUACAAAAUUACCUGCCAGUAGUGAAAAGCAAGCUAGUUGACGACCAUGAGCCAUGUGAUUUGUCGUACAAACAGAAGAGGAGAAUAGUCAAGUCGCGAUCACAGCAAAUUUCUGAAACACCACGAAGAUCACCACGACUGGCACACUUGAAGAAUUCCGGUGGCAGCAUAGAGAGUGGAUUGAAAGAAAAACCUGAAGUGUUAGAAUCGCCACCAUCCAGCACAAUUGAUCAGGUGGAGCACAGAGCAGGGCAUGCGUGUUUACUCUACGAGAAACCAGAUCAUGUUUUCAAAGGAGAUCGCCACCAUGCUAUAGGUUCUUUAUCUCAAGACUUCAAGAGACUCAAACGAACACGAGGUGAGGUGGGCCUAAGUGAGAAACCUCAGCAUAAUCAAGAAAAUGAGGAGAACAUAGAUCAAGGAAAUAAUGGAGAAAUCUUGGAAGAGCAAGUUGAUAGAAAUUCUGCAGAGACUUCUGAGUCGUUCAUGGAGAGCGAUUGGAUAGAUUCGUCACCGCCGACCAAGUCCAACUCGUCAUCUAUGAUAAUAAACGAGUUAUGUUUGACAUGGAGGCCCUCAGUACACACCAAUUCCCUCGAGAAUGUGUUACUUCAUAUUCAACGUGACAACUUUAUGAAGACCAUCACACACGUUCAGGGAAUCAUUCGCAGUUUUCCUUCAGACCUACAUUGUGCGGCUAUAAUUGAAGCUGUUGUGCAGAAAGAAAUUCUUAAGUGGGAUUCAUGUCUUCAGGAUGUUGAUGCUCAAAGGGUAGUGAUUGCAUUACUGGAGCAUGCUAAAAAAAUCAAGGAGAUUCACAAUUUCAAUAUGGAGAGCCGGAAGGAAGAGUUUUCCACAAAGCUACAAGAUCAACUGAAGUGGCAGCUCAAAGAACUGGAAAGCGUAUGCACUUCCUUGGAAUUUGAUUACAAGAAAGUAACAUGUGAUGGUAACAUCGCUGUCUCGACAUCGCAAGAACAGAAGAAAAAAUUGCAUGCCCUUCAGGAUGAGAUCAAAGGCUUGCAGCAGUCCAUGAUGAUGGAGGAUGAAAUACAGAAAUUGGUGCAUCAAGUUGCUGAGCAUGAGAGCUUAGUACAGAAGUCUUUAAUGGAAAGAGUAAGGGUUAAGACGGUUCUAAAGAGCUAUAAGCAGGUUCUUGUCGAAGUAAAAGAACGGCUAGCCUCUGAUGAACUUGGAUUAAUUGAUGUCGAUGCAUUGGUCAAGGUAGAGAUGGAUAACUUGAGGAAGGAGAUCGAGAUAUCCAAAGGAAGACUCCUAAAUAUCAUUUUCAAGUAA